UCGGAAGGAGCGGACGAUUUGUAGUUCAAAGGCUAUUACCGUGACCGGAUGUUCGCAACUAACUCUCUCGUUGUUAGAUCCACCUCUGGCUUCGCUCGUGAAGCUAACACGUUCAAUUUAGAUUGACUAUGAACGACUGUCAGUAAAAGCAACGUCACCGUGCUCUCGUGUAUACCUACGAGAGGAAUUUUCAUCAGAAAUCAGCUUAUACAAAUUCGUCAAACUGGACCAAUAUGGACCUAAGGAAGAACAACAUCUUUGUUUUUCAUCGUACGUCGCAUGGAAAUAAGAGAAAACAAAUAAUUCGAUUUGAAUGGAUUCGUGAGCAUAUAUACAUAUAUACAAACAUACCUUACGCCUACGAAAAGUGUCGUGGCUCUUCGGGAACUUUGAAUGAGAACGAACAACGACGAUGAAUCAUUCUACGAAAACUUUUUUGGCAGAUCAGAUAGGAAGAGUUGUGUUUUUUAACGAAGUCAUCUCUCGACCGGUUUUUGACUCAGAAAAAGACAAACAAACGAAAAGAAGGAGUCAUCGGUGAGGAGACAAACAAGGACGAACGUCCUUUCAAGGAGAAAACACACAGGAGAACAACACACAGAUUCCUAACGAUUGUCAUUCGCUUUCUUCGAAGUCAAUACAGCGGAUUCUUGUCCUCUUCGUUAUUCGCUUUUCUUUUCUUUAUCAAGUGGAUCUAUGAAGACGAACGUUUGUGUGUGAGAGAAAGAGAAAGAGAGAGAAAGAGAUAGAGACAGAGACAGAGACAGAGAGAAAGAGAGAGAGAGAGAGAGAGAGAGAGAGAGAGAGAGAGAGAGAGAGAGAGAGAGAGAGAGGGAUAGACGAGGAGAGAGUCAGCUGCUUCGAUGAUAAAAAGCGUUGAGCCGAUUAAAGGGUAACGUCAGUCGGUGUUGUUCCUUCCUCCCUCUUGUGUUGAUCAUUGAUGUGACUGAAAGUCGCAUAAGUUCGUUCAUCUAGUGCACGGGAAUUAUUUAUUUAUCUUUAGAAAUUUUUUAAACUAGUCGAUAUUGUAAGUGUAAUACAAACAAUGAGAAAUAAAUAUACAAGAUCAUCGAGUUGUUCGAUAUCGUUCGUUCCUUUCGAUCUAGAUCAGGAUUAAAUAUGUACUCUAAUUAGUUUAUUUCAUAUUUUAUUAAUAGAACGUCUAUCUGGUAAACAUAAAUCAUAUACACGUACAUAAAUAUAUGAAUAUUAUCUACAAAUGAUAACUUUGAAGAUCGUAUCAUCGAAGACACGUGGUUUAUUUUAAUGAAACAGUAUAUCGACGUACGUGGAUCUAUUAUUUCAUAGGAGAUCAUUAUGAUCAUCGUACAUGGCGUGGGUGGAUCUCGGAAUUAGAUACGUAAUUACCAAAUUAUUCUGCGAAACGUAAUACGUUGGGUCCAUUUUGUGUUAAUUGUGUAUAUAUAUAAGGUCUUUUAUUCGUUAUUCCAAAUGGAAAGUAGAACAUUUGAUCAUUAUGAAAAAAUUUGUCUUAUCGAUUUAAUUUUUUUUUUUUAUUGAGGUGUACGAUACUCGCUUAGAAAAAAAAUAGAGAUUAAACAGCUUUAAAUUCAAGUGCCCGAUAAUAUCGAAGAUGAUACCUUCGUCAAGUGAAAAUGAAAAUGGUGAUCUUUGUACGAUUCAAUUCGAUUUCUUUUAAUAUUUUUAUAAUAUUUCUUAUAUAAUUAAUUAUUUCUUAUAAUAUUUUUAUUUUCAGUAUUAAUAUCUACUAUUUUUUUAAUAUGAAAAAUGUUUGUUUAAUAUUGUGAACGAUGAUUCGUUAUGAAAUGGAAAUGAAAAUGAAAAUAAUGAUAGUUAAAUUGAAUUCGAUCUUUUUUAGAAACUUUUUCUAGAAAAUAUAUAUUGAUGAAAUACCCACAUUAUUGUGUCAUUGACGAUAACUCGGAAUAAAUAGCGAGAACGUAAUCUCCCCUUCGUUAAUAAUCCCUCAUUUUUACUUCAAAGAGAUAUUUUACUAAUAACAUGGCGACGGAUGUAUGUGAAAUAACAAUACGGUUUAUAUAAAAUUUUAUUAUAUUGAAAAUGAGAUUCUCGUAGUCUCGAAAUUUCUGAAAAGAAUCUUUGAAAAGAGAACAUAAAAAUGAUCGUUCAUUUUCACUAUCAGAAGCAUUUUCACAAUAUCUUCUCAAUCCAUUUUAUUAUUGAAUUAUUUAAGUAAAGGUUUUAUAAUAUUGUCAUAUCUUAUUUAGGAUCACUGUUCGAUUCUUUUUCUUUUAUCAAUAUUUAAAUAUUAUAAAAAGAAAGAAACAAAAUUAUCACGUUGUUAGGUGAAAAGGAGAUCAAUGAUUAGAGAUUUGAAAAACGGAUCGAACAUUGCCUCGAAUCGGUCGGUCAACGGUAAUUCUUGGUGCAAUGAAUUACACUGAUUUGCUAUACAUCGUUCUUCCACUAUUUGUACUGUCAGAGAGAAAAAGAAGGAAGGAGAAAGAGAGAGAUAGAUAGAGAGAACGAAAGAGAAAUGAAAAGAGUAAGACUAGGAGCGUUCACCGUGUGACUUUGCUGCAGGGUCAUGCCAGUGAAAGAGUGGUUCAGAAAGCUACAGCCUGUACAGCUGUACUUGGUGGUGUUCUUCACCGUGGCAUUCUUCAUCAUCGAGAUGGUAGCCAGUCAUGUUACACACUCGUUAACGUUACUUCUCAACGCCUAUUAUAUGCUUUGUAACAUUAUUGCAACCCUCGGCUGUCUAGUUUCGAUCAAGUAUGCUCCACGCGAAAGUUACAGAAGUAUUUACAAUAGUACGAGCAGUUCUCUUGGGGAUUCAGUGAUAUGUUUGGACGGCCAGGAACAUGGCUCAAAUACGUCUUUAUCGACGAAGACAAAGCAAUCACGAUCGGACAGGAGAAUGAAGAAUAGUUUUGGAUGGGCUAGGAUCGAUAUCCUAACAAUGCUAAUUUGCUGCAUUCUCCUAGCUUCCUUCUGUUUCUCUCUCGUAGUCGAGGCGUUACAAACGCUGGUUCAUAUAGAUCAUCUCGAUGAGAUGCAUCAUCCUGUGGCUGUACUCUGCAUUGGGGCAGCCGGUAUUUUUCUCAACAUUUUUUGUUACAUUCUCAUUGGUGGAUUCACAUUUAAUCAGGGAAUAUUGUUGCACGUUACCAAUAAUGGGGACGUCAUUUUUAGAAGGAAUAUAAUAUCACAACCAGAGACGGAAGGUGAGCAACGAUUAGCAGUACAAACUAGAAGAAGUCCUUUAGCUGUUCCAAGAAGUCAAGGAUUUCGAAGGAUAUGCCGUGACGUUCUCGGUUGCAUUUUCGUUAUACUUGUAUCAAUAUUAGUGUACUUCACUGAUUCAGGCGUAGCCAAGUAUUUGGAUCCCGUUUUUGCCAUUAUUUCAUCGAUAUCGCUUUUAAUUCUGAGCUAUCCAUAUAUGAAGGAAUCUGGUUUGAUACUACUACAAACCAUUCCAAAUCAUAUUAACAUCGAUUCCCUGAAGAAAGAACUACUUGAAGCUUUUCCAGGUAUCGUCAAUGUCCAUGACUUUCAUGUUUGGCAAUUAACAUCGCAGAAGAUUAUACUAACAGUGCACAUAAUAUUUUUAGAUCCUAUGGUUUACGCCAGUAUCAUUGAUCAAAUAACAGCGUUUUUUAUCGAAAUGGGUAUAACUCAAGUUACUAUACAGCCAGAAUUUCAUAAGAUGAAACCAACCACGGAUAAAACUGAUUGCUUGAUACGUUGUCACGGUGAACUGUGUAGUUUGUCGCAGUGUUGUACGAGAGAAAAGCUUGGACAGAAAUCAUCUUCCGAAGAGUCAUUGAAACACGUACAUGUGAUCAAUAAGAAGUUUGAAAAAAAAGAGAUCAUACCUGCUUCACCGAUGAUAGAUUUAAAAAAAUUUGUGAUACAUGAUGAAGAGAGCCCAGAAUCGGCACCUUCUACGACGAGUGGACCAAACAAUAGUGAGGCAUGCCAAUCGAAUGACGAACAAGUACAAAGCAAAAAAGAUAAUGCUAACGACAAAAGUUCCUAUUCGAUAAGCGUGGACGUUAAUGAUCAAAAACUUGCUGCUAACGACUCGAGUCACGAUACCGUAUCGUAACUUUAUCCUUUUCUCGGCCGAGAAUCGUUACUUCCUUCGCUCGCAUUAUUUUUUUUCCCUUUUUUUUUUGGAAGAAUCUUCCAACGAUAAGACUGUAUUUUAGUAUUAAGUAUUUUUAAUUGUGCAUAGAUAAAAACGUUCUAUCGAUUUUCUGUCGAUUCAAACGUAAAAAUAGAAAAAAAAAGAAAACAAGAUAGAUGGAGACGGAACGAAAAUUAAUUCUACGUCGAAUUUUUAUAAUUCGUAUUGUUAUUUUAUUUUAUCUAAUAUUAGAGAUAGGAGUAUUUCAUAAAUACAGUACAAAUGAUUAAUUUUUCAUUUACAAUCUUAACGCAUGAAUCUAUGUUAAUUGUUUUUGCUAUUUCUUGAACCAAGUCAAACGAGGAUAUUUGACUACAAGAUUUAUUAUAGUUUGACAAAUCGUAAACUGAAAUAAAUAUUUGUUAAAAAAUCUAUUUUUUUUUUUUAUAAAGAGGACGUCGAGAUUUUUAAUGAAAUUCUUAAAUUAGAACGAUCGAGUGGAAUUAUUUAUCGUCUCCAUUGGUAACGUACGGAUCGAUAUCAGCGCCAUCAACUUUUCCACUUGAAAGGUACUUCAACUUUUGCAGUUGAUAACAUUUCCUAUUGAGAUAUGACAUAAGUUACGAAUAAAAUAGAUCUCGAUUUAUUCAUUGUAAAUAUACAUAUAACAAUUAUUUAAAUGAAUUAUUCAAACUAU